GUGUGUGCGAGUGUGACAGCGGCCGUGGCCGUGGGAGGCGGGCCCGGCGGAGCCCAGCGGCGCCCAGCGGCGCCGGGACCGGCCCGGCCGCCCGCUCUCCCAGCCCGCCUGAGGCGCCCCCCGCCCCGCCGUCCCCGAGACAAGCCGGCUCCGGCCGGGCGCAGUCGCGAUGUCGGUGGCUGGGCUGAAGAAGCAGUUUCACAAAGCCAGCCAGCUGUUUAGUGAGAAAAUCAGCGGCACCGAAGGGACCAAGUUGGAUGACGAAUUUCUUGACAUGGAAAGGAAAAUAGACGUAACCAAUAAGGCUGUCACGGAAAUUCUUUCCAAAGCCACCGAAUAUCUUCAGCCAAAUCCAGCAUACAGAGCUAAGCUGGGAAUGCUGAACACCGUGUCGAAGAUCCGAGGGCAGGUGAAGACCACCGGCUACCCGCAGACCGAGGGCCUGCUGGGCGACUGCAUGCUCAAGUACGGCAGGGAGCUGGGUGAUGACUCCACCUUCGGCAAUGCGCUAAUAGAAGUUGGGGAGUCCAUGAAACUCAUGGCAGAAGUGAAGGAUUCCCUGGAUAUUAAUGUCAAGCAGACUUUCAUCGACCCGCUUCAGUUACUGCAAGAUAAAGAUCUGAAAGAGAUUGGACACCACCUGAAAAAACUGGAAGGCCGCCGCCUGGAUUAUGAUUAUAAGAAGAAGCGAGUGGGGAAGAUACCCGACGAAGAAGUCAGACAGGCGGUGGAGAAAUUUGAGGAGUCCAAGGAGCUGGCUGAAAGAAGCAUGUUCAACUUUUUAGAAAAUGACGUAGAGCAGGUCAACCAGCUGGCUGUGUUUGUCGAGGCGGCAUUAGACUAUCACAAACAGUCCACGGAGAUCCUGCAGGAACUGCACACCAAGCUACAGAUCCGAAUAUCUGCUGCGUCCAGCAUCCCCCGACGAGAGUACAGGCCCAGGCCCGUGAAAAGGAGCUCAAGUGAGCUCAAUGGAGUUUCUACCACGUCGAUGGCCAAGACUUCCGGUUCUAACGCUUCCAUGGACCAGCCCUGCUGUCGUGGUCUCUAUGACUUUGAGCCAGAAAACCAAGGAGAAUUAGGAUUUAAAGAAGGGGACAUCAUUACGUUAACCAAUCAGAUUGAUGAAAACUGGUACGAAGGAAUGAUUCGUGGGGAGUCGGGAUUCUUCCCCAUUAAUUAUGUCGAAGUGAUUGUGCCUUUACCUCAGUGAGUGUGCCCCUGUGCCUGCGGACGACCUCUCAGAACUGUCACCAAUACAAUGUUCUCUCCGUG